UCAGCUCUAUUUGGGUGGUGUGAAAGAAGUCGAGACGGUAAAACACCGGGUUUUGUAUCAGUCGGUCGGUGAAAAUGCUCAAGUGUUUUUCCGGAAACUGCUGCAUGCGUCUGAUCGAAGGAAACAGGUCGACGUGGUAUUUUUUGCUGCUGCUUCUCGCCUAUUUUUUCUAUCUAGUUUUGGGGGCUGUAGUUUUCUCUCAGGUGGAAUUACCGUACGAACGAGAGCUCCGCCAACAGCUCAGCGCCACCAAAGAACAGUUUCUCCGCGAGAAUGAAUGUUUAUCCGAGGAGAGACUGGAGGAAUUUUUGGUUAAAGCGCUAGAAGCGAAUAAUUACGGUGUAUCGGUUUUAAAAAACAACUUAACCAACUGGAACUGGGAUUUUACCUCAGCGCUGUUUUUCGCGAGCACGGUGCUGUCGACCACAGGGUAUGGACACACAGUACCUCUGUCAGAUGAGGGCAAAGCCUUCUGCAUAUUCUACUCCGUGGUUGGAAUCCCAUUCACACUUCUAUUCCUUACAGCAGUGGUGCAGAGGAUAAUGGUGUUCACUACUCGCCGACCUGUGGCCUUUGUGCAGAGCCGCUGGGGUCUGUCAAAGGCUUUAGUGGCAGGGGUGCACGCAUUUGUGCUAACCAUCAUCACUGUCUCCUGCUUCUUUUUCAUCCCUGCUGCUGUGUUCUCUGCACUGGAGGAUGAUUGGAACUUCCUGGAGUCUUUCUACUUCUGCUUUAUCUCACUCAGCACUAUUGGACUGGGUGACUAUGUACCAGGAGAGGGCUACAACCAGAAGUUCAGGCAGCUGUAUAAAUUGGGGAUUACUGUGUAUCUUUUAAUGGGACUAAUUGCCAUGCUGUUGGUUCUGGAAACGUUGUGUGAGCUUCAGCAGUUAAAGAAGCUGAGGAAGAUAUUUUAUCUCAAGAAAGAGAGAUCUGAGGACCAGCUUGCUAUCAUGGACCACGAUCAUCUCUUCUCAUCUGUUUCCGAUCGCUCUGCGUCACUCAAAGAUUUUAAGGCUGAUCUUUCCCCUGACCUUUCCCCAUCUAGCCAAUGACAACCCUGUAAUUAGGUAAGGUGCCAAGCAAUAGACUGACUUAGAGAUUUAAUGACCAGUUGCUUAAAUUUAGAUGCUGUAAAGGUUGGUUUAAAUUCCAAUACUACAAAAAAGGGAGACGGUGGUAGUUGUAGUGUAGCUGGUCAUUGUCACUUAUAAAGUAACUUAUUAAACAACAAAAUAAUAACUUGAAAGCUUAAAAUGUCUUUACAAUUUUUUGCCUGUACAGAAUAACAAUUUCUUGGCAUUUAAGUUAAAAUGUCUAAACAAUGGUAGCACACACAAUUUAAAAGGGAUAAAAAAUGAAGUAUUUUAUUAGAAUUAAUAGAUUUUCCUUCAUAGCUUCAAUAAAUCAU